CCGCAUCUCUUCCACUGGUUUCCAAUUCCUCGCCCUGCCAAGCCCCACGAGCUACAACGAGCGUCCGGUUUUCCCGCCACUCGCAGGCGGCUCCGCCUCCCCGGCACUAAGUGGAUAAAAGCUCACCAACUCUAGGCCACGCCCUCUCCGUGGCACUGGCGGCGUUCCCCCUCCUUCUCUUCCUAUACUUGGAGGACCGCCCCCAUUGGCUAAGCCACGCCCACCUCGGUGUCCCUGAGAUUACAGGCUCCAUUGGUCCCGCCCCCUCCCGGGAUGGCUCUCGGUCGGCCCCGCCUCCGCCCGCCCUGCCCGGCCUUCGCUCGACUCUCGCCAGGGGGCGCAGCGCAAACCGCCCGCCGCCCGCGGGAGAGUCUGUCGCACACACCCCCUCCGCCCGGCGCGCCGGCAGUUCCCAGUCGACUACGCCUCCGCUCCGAGUCCGCCGGGCUGCGCCCGCUCCGACUCCGGGAGGGGUCGGGGGUCCCGAAUGGCCGCGGCAGGGUCUAGAAGGCCAAACGUGUAAGCUAACGGGCGUCAUGGAGGCAGAGCAGCGGCCGACGACUGGGGCCAGCGACGGGGCGACCCCUGGGCUGGAGGCGGCGCCUCCUGCUGCCCCGGCGUCUACAACAGCGGCCUCGGAUCCGAUCCCUGGGUCCAGGCCCGGGCCCGAGCCCAAGAGGAGACAGCUCGGGUCGCUGCUCCAGCCCACGGUCAACAAGUUCUCCCUUCGCGUAUUCGGCAGCCACAAAGCAGUGGAAAUCGAGCAGGAGCGGGUCAAGUCAGCGGGGGCCUGGAUCAUCCACCCCUACAGCGACUUCCGGUUUUACUGGGACCUGAUCAUGCUCCUGCUGAUGGUGGGGAACCUCAUUGUGCUACCUGUGGGCAUCACCUUCUUCAAGGAGGAGAACUCCCCACCUUGGAUCGUCUUCAACGUCCUCUCUGACACUUUCUUCCUGAUGGAUCUGGUGCUCAACUUCCGCACAGGCAUCGUGGUAGAGGAGGGUGCUGAGAUCCUGCUGGCCCCACGGGCCAUCCGCACACGCUACCUGCGCACCUGGUUCCUAGUUGACCUUAUCUCCUCUAUCCCUGUGGAUUACAUCUUCCUGGUGGUGGAGUUGGAGCCACGACUGGACGCCGAGGUCUACAAAACAGCGCGGGCCCUGCGCAUCGUGCGUUUCACCAAGAUCCUCAGCCUGCUGCGGCUGCUCCGCCUCUCCCGCCUCAUCCGCUACAUACACCAGUGGGAGGAGAUCUUUCACAUGACCUAUGACCUGGCCAGUGCUGUGGUUCGCAUCUUCAACCUCAUCGGAAUGAUGCUGCUGCUAUGUCACUGGGACGGCUGCCUGCAGUUCCUGGUCCCCAUGCUGCAGGACUUCCCUCCUGACUGCUGGGUCUCCAUCAACCACAUGGUGAACCACUCCUGGGGCCGCCAGUAUUCCCAUGCCCUGUUCAAGGCCAUGAGCCACAUGCUCUGCAUUGGCUACGGGCAGCAGGCGCCCGUGGGCAUGCCCGACGUCUGGCUCACCAUGCUCAGCAUGAUCGUGGGCGCCACGUGCUACGCCAUGUUCAUCGGCCACGCCACCGCCCUCAUCCAGUCCCUGGACUCCUCCCGGCGUCAGUACCAGGAGAAGUACAAGCAGGUGGAGCAGUACAUGUCCUUCCACAAGCUGCCAGCUGACACACGGCAGCGCAUCCAUGAGUACUAUGAGCACCGCUACCAGGGCAAGAUGUUCGAUGAGGAAAGCAUCCUAGGCGAGCUGAGCGAACCACUUCGGGAGGAGAUCAUUAACUUCACCUGCCGGGGCCUAGUGGCCCACAUGCCGCUGUUCGCACACGCCGACCCCAGCUUCGUCACAGCUGUGCUCACCAAGCUGCGCUUUGAGGUCUUCCAGCCGGGGGACCUCGUGGUGCGUGAGGGCUCCGUGGGCAGGAAGAUGUACUUCAUCCAGCACGGGCUGCUCAGCGUGCUGGCACGUGGCGCCCGGGACACCCGCCUCACUGACGGAUCAUACUUUGGGGAGAUUUGUCUGCUGACUCGGGGCCGACGCACAGCCAGUGUGCGUGCUGACACCUACUGCCGCCUCUACUCGCUCAGCGUGGACCAUUUCAAUGCUGUGCUCGAGGAGUUCCCCAUGAUGCGCCGGGCCUUUGAGACGGUGGCCGUGGAUCGGCUGCGCCGCAUCGGCAAGAAGAACUCCAUACUGCAGCGGAAGCGCUCUGAGCCAAGUCCGGGCAGCAGUGGGGGCAUCAUGGAGCAGCACUUGGUACAACACGACAGGGACAUGGCUCGGGGGGUCCGGGGCCUGGCCCCAGGCACAGGGGCUCGGCUCAGCGGAAAGCCGGUGCUGUGGGAGCCACUAGUGCACGCGCCCCUGCAAGCAGCCGCCGUGACCUCCAAUGUGGCCAUUGCCCUGACGCACCAGCGGGGCCCUCUCCCCCUCUCCCCUGACUCUCCGGUCACCCUCUUUGCUCGCUCUGCUCGAAGAUCAGCUGGAGCAGGCUCCCCAGCCUCCCCACUGCUGCCUGUCCGAGCCGGCCCUCUGCUGGCCCGGGGGCCUUGGGCAUCCACCUCCCGCCUGCCGGUCCCACCUGCCCGAACCCUCCAUGCCAGUCUAUCCCGGGCUGGGCGCUCCCAGGUGUCCCUGCUGGGUCCUCCCCCAGGAGGAGGUGGACGGCGACUAGGACCUCGGGGCCGCCCGCUCUCAGCCUCCCAACCCUCGCUGCCUCAGCGGGCAGCAGGGGAUGGCUCUCCUGGGCGUAAGGGCUCAGGAGGUGAACGCUUGCCCCCCUCAGGGCUCCUGGCUAAGCCUCCAGGGUCAGCCCAGCCCCCCAGGCCAUCAGUGCCUGAGCCAGCCACUCCCCGGGGCCCCCAGCUCUCUUCCAACAUGUGA